UGCUGGGAAGAGUGGGGAGAGCAUAGUAGGAGGGUUGUACAGUGUUGCUGAUAAGGAGGAUGAACACAAUCGGGAGGGACUGAAGAAAACUGAAGGAGGAUCAUCUAGCAGCAGAUUGCUAUUAAGAGUGAGCAUCUGUGACUCACAAACCUCAGCUCCAUAGUCAGGGAUUCACCUAGUACCCAGUCACCUGCAUUCCCAGGGAAGCAUUGCACUCACUCAGGGAUGGAUGGCCAGGAGAUGUCCUCUCCCUCCAGGACUGACUCUUCAGAGGAGAUCAGCUCAUCCCUGCACAUGACUAAAGGCAUGUCCAUCUUCCUGGAUAUAUUGAGAAGAGCAGACAAAAAUGAUGAUGGAAAGCUUUCCUUUGAAGAGUUCAAGGCUUACUUUGCUGAUGGAAUCCUAAGUGGGGAAGAACUCAGCGAACUCUUUCACAAAAUCGACACCCACAAAACUGAGCAGUCUACUGGCACAACUAUUAGUGCGGUCCAUCCAUAUUGCGAGAAGAGGCUCCAAGCCCCUACCCAGCAGAAAGGGAGCUCCAGCACACAUACUAGUGAUGCCGCACACAUCGGAGGCAAAGCGGGUCCGCGUUUGGCAGAAAGUAACCUGGACACAGAAGAAUUAUAUGAUUACUUUUCCCAGCAUUUAGGAGAGUAUGAAAGUGUUCUGGCGGCUCUGGAAGACCUCAACCUCUCCAUACUGAAGGCUAUGGACAAAACAAAGAAACGAUAUCAAAAUGCCUCAAAACUGGAACAAUUUGUGACACGUUUUUUGCUGAAGGAAACACUCAACCAGCUGCAGUCUCUCCAGAACUCAUUAGAAUGUGCUAUGGAAACUACAGAAGAGCAGACACGCCAGGAAAGACAAGGCCCAGCGAAGCCUAAUGUGCUUUCAAUCCCAUGGUCGGGGAAGCGAUCAAACCGGCGACUUCAGAGAAAUAAUAGCUUUUCACCAAACAGCCCGCAGUUUAACCUUGGCUUGUUAGAGGAAGACAACCAGUGGAUGACCCAGAUAAACAGACUUCAGAAACUGAUUGACAGACUGGAGAAGAAGGACCUGAAGUUGGAGCCCCUGGAGGAAGAGAUCUUAGAAGGAAGCACAAAAUCUCACAUAAUGAUUGUUCAGCGGCAGUUAUCUGUGCUAAUAGAGGAGCUAGAUGAAUUCCGGCUUUCUCUGAAACACUACGUAGAAUCUGUUUCGGCACAGACAGGCUGUCUACAUGUUGCCAUUCAGAAGCUUUCAAAUGAGUCCCGUUUCAUCAUCUAUGAGUUCUGGGAAAGCAGUAACGUGUGGAAGGACCACCUCCAAGCUAAUUACAGUAAGACAUUUCAGAGGACUAAUGUUGAUUUCCUGGAAACCCCAGAACUGAUGACAACAAUGCUUGUACCUGCUUCUUGGUGGAUUCUCAACAACAAUUAGACAUGACAUCCAGAUCAGCAGUGAUUCUUAUUGUUUGGCAUUACACAUGAAUGAAGCCUGUAAUAUUGUAUCUUCCUUUGUGUAUCUGUAGGACAUAGAUUAUAUGACUACACUGCGCAAGUAUUCUGUGAGUGUAACGCAGCCCAUUAUGUGGCGCCAUACAUUAAGUCAAUUGUGUCACCAUAACGGAAUUGAAUUAAGAGCAGUUUACACUCCUCUUUCUGUACGACUAAGCUGCCAUCAAAUAACUUUUUACCAUCAAUAAUAUUUAUUACAUUGUUAAUAAGAAGAGGGAUACAAAAAAGAAAGGGGAAGGGGACCAAGAAGAGGGGGGGGGGGGGGAUUACACAGGGAAACCAGCAACAGAAUACAGGCAGUUCUAAUUUCAAACAGUAUAUAUACAAACAGUACAAUACAAUAAUAAUGAAAUAGUAACAAACAGGUGCAGAUUUUAGGAGCGUUACUUUCAUUUACAUCAGACUGAAGUGGGUCUGAUAAAUGAUGUUUAUGCAACAGAGAGGCACCUUCACCAUCACUGAUAUACAUGUGCCAUAACAGGAGGAAGCGGAACAGGAGGAAGUACAGUAUGAAGGCAGUUUAUGUCAAAAUGGAAAUGGACCUUAUGAAAAGCUUUAUGAAGAGAUGAAGGAAGGGGAUCUUUCCAACACAGGGCAGGCUGAGCCAUUAAAAUAACUUUGGUAGAUAUAUUUAUUUGCUAUCUAUGGGGGAGAUGUAUCAAACCAUGGAGAGAGAUAAAGUACCAGCCAAUCAGCGCCGAACUGCCAUGUUACAGUGGGGCAGAGGUACUGACCCUGGAGAAGUGAUAAAAUGGUGAUAAGUGGAAGGUAAUAACACACCAGCCAAUCAGCACCUAACUGCCAUUUUUCAAACCCAUAAUGAUUGGCUGGUGCAUUAUCACCUUCCACUUAUCACCACUUUAUCACUUCUCCAGGGUUAAUACAUCUGCCCCAGUGUUUGAAUAAUGACAGGAGCUAAUUGGUUGGUACUUUAUAUAUCUUUUCACUAUCUCUCCGAGGUUUGACACCCCCCCUCCUAUGUCACAAAAGGUUACAAGAGAGCCAUUGUACUUUAAGACCUCACUGGAGGUCAUUUAUCAAAAAGGUAGAAUAAUGACGUUCUAGAGACAGCAAUUUCCUAUUAACAAAGCAUAGGUCAACCAAAAUGGCUGCCAUAUUGCUACAAAAUAUAAUUUAGAAUACGCAUCAAAAGGUUGGCAAAGCAAGAAGAGAAAAAAAUACAUUAUUGUUCCUUAUAAUUAGUGUAUAUUGUGAAACUUCUCAGAACUUUAAGGAAAUACAGCAGAUCCAAGAGGCGCGUCCUGUCCUCACUUUCAGUCACUAGCCCUCUCUAGUAGAGUACAGACUGUCUGCAUUGGGCGGCACCCACUUUAGCUUGGAGCCACUUGCUGACUAAGUCUAGAGGUCAUGUGACACAGAGAUAUCGUUGUGAAGAACACAAAUAAUCCAAAGAGUAUUUUGUUGCAGGUAACACCUGGUUAUGUGUGAGACACUGUGAUACAGAAUUUCUGUCAUUGCGGAGAUUUAAAUAGUCACCAAGUUCCUUAGCAGUUUUGUGCAUUCAAUUUAUGUGCACCAAAUGGAAAUAAUAUCGCUCAUUACCUAAAGAUCACGCAGAAACAUAACCCACAAAACUGCUACAGAAUCUUGUGGUUACUUGAAUCGUCCCCAUUGUUUACACAUUAAUACAUUCUAGCUAGUCCAGUCCCUCCAAAUUAGCAAUAGUUUUUUUUUUCAUCGUAUUCACCAAAUGUAGAGUAUUUUCAAUAAAGUGCUAAAUUAGGUGUAAUUCGUAUCUUAUGUUGUAUAUUGUAGAGGAGUAAUUCUAAUUCUAUAUACACAAAUAAAUGUAAGGGGGAUUUUGUGCCAAACUUGAAUAAAUGCUUCCACUUCAUGAUUUA